CGUCCACGUACACUCGCAUUAAACACCCACACAAACUUUCCGAGUCUUGUAGAUACUUCAGAUAGAUUAGCCUGGUUGAUCUAACGCACAUAAACACACUCACCCUGCAAACUGGAGCCGAUCUCAAUAGCCACAACAAGCAGAAACCAAAGAAGAAACAAGAGGAAACGUGACAGUUACAACACUUAACCUCUCUGACAUAGAACCCCCCCUAAUACACACACACAGUUAUAUAUAAUGGCCGACAACACAGACGACUACUCGUACGAUUACGAGUACCUCUACAAGAUCGUUCUUAUCGGAGACUCCGGCGUGGGUAAGUCCAACUUAUUGUCGCGUUUCACCCGUGACGAGUUCAACUUGGAAUCUCGUUCCACCAUUGGAGUUGAGUUUGCCACCAGAACGUUGGAGAUCGACGGGAAGCGGGUCAAGGCUCAGAUCUGGGAUACCGCAGGUCAGGAACGUUACCGUGCUAUAACCAGUGCCUACUACCGUGGGGCUGUGGGUGCCUUGAUAGUGUAUGACAUUUCCAAGACAGAGUCAUACGAAUCCGUUUCUCGUUGGUUGAAGGAGUUGCGUGAACACGCCGACGCCAACAUUGUGAUCGAGUUGGUGGGUAAUAAGUCUGAUUUGGACCAUUUGAGAGCCGUUCCAACCGAUGAAGCCAAGAACUUUGCCAAUGAAAACAAUUUGUUGUUCACCGAAGCUUCCGCUCUUUCCUCCGACAACGUCGACUUGUCCUUCCACCAAUUAUUGAAGAACAUCUACGAGAUGAUCAGCAAGCAUCAAUUGGACACCAACGAUGGAUCUGCUGGUGCUAGUGGUAGCAAGCCGUCUGGAGGACGUACUAUUUCGUUGACUCCUGCUCCACAAGAAAAGAAGGGCAAGAAUAACUCCAACUGUUGUUAGACGGAGAGAGAGAGAGAGAGAGAGAGAUACUUGACUGGAUUGCAUGUAAGGUGGGAAUGGAGAAAGACGAGAAAGACUGUGGAUGAGUCUACAUCAAGGGUGAGGAGAGAGGUGAGCAAUUUUUGUUUUUAAUAAUUUGACCAUUUUGUUUUCAACUUUCCUUUCUUGAUCUUUCAAGGGCUCAACCGAACGGUUGGCUAGAUCAGAAGAACAUGAGACUUGACACGCUUCUAGUAGUUGCUAGUUUAAUGAUAUUAA